AUGGAGUAUCUUACCAGAGUUGAACUACUCCAGAGGCCAGUGGCCCUGCACGCAGAGCCGCAGCCCGACCUUCCCACGGUGGAGAGUUUCGGGGAGACUUUCCGGCGCAGCGUGGAGCUGAAACGCGCCAAGGAAGCGACAGACGGUUUCCGCUAUGACCUUGUCGUUCUCAUGCGCUACGACAUCUUCUUCAGGUCUCCACUGCGGCUGACUCCCGCCGUGGGUUCGCCAGCCCUUUGGACAGGGCACUGGUGCUCGAUCCACGCCGAGGACCUCGGAGUUCGCGAGGUCGUAUUGACCAAUGACCGCAGCAUCAUGGAUGUGCGCUACCGGCCAUCGGGUGUUUACGCACCGUCCCAAUUUGCGCCGACUGGACUGCACGACUUCUGGUUUGCGGCCUCCUCGCAUGCCAUGGACGGCUUCGCAUCUUGGGGGGCUGCCGUGCCCGCGCUGCGCACGCGUUUCGGCUUGGCUUCCGAUGAGGUGCCCGUGGAUGUGGGCCACUUCUACACCUUCUUGUAUGCGAAAGAUUUGGGACUGCCAUUGAAGUUCACAGGCCUGAGCUACAUCGACUACACGCUUGUUCGCUACCGCCACUGCAGGCUUCUGGUCGGCGAGCAGAUCCAGGCUCCAGACACCUUCUGCAGCCACUGGGAGAUCAGCAUAACGAGGCAAUGCCAGUCCUGGCUGCCGCAGCCGCGGGGCUGGGCCACCCAUUACUGUCCUUUGGCCGGGAGGCGCGCGGAGCUGACACCUUCGGGUGCCGGCUGCGGGCGCUUCUGA